ACCACCGCUGCUGAAGCAAGGACAACACCUCAGUUUGGGCGGCUGGGAAAAAGAGAGGAGAGUGAUACUUCAGAAGAAGUUAAAGACAAGAGAAUGGCAUCUUCAAUUCGCAUCUUCAGCUAUAUCUGCCUCUUAGUAGUAAUCUACGCAUGCGUGGAGGUAACGCAUGCGCAGGAGGAGGAGGAAGUUGAAGCGCCUGAGGAGGGAAAAUACUACAAAAACCUGGCAAACUACCUGCGCCUGCUCACAAGGCAAAGGUAUGGGCGGCGGUCUGCUCCUGACUACGGCAGUAGGACCCAGUACCGCUACGCUCCUCCCUACCCACAGGACAUCGUGCACACUUUAGAUAUGGACGGAGACGGGAAAAUCUCGCCGUACGAGUUGGGCAGAAUCCUCUAGCAGCAGGCCGCAGACGACACCCUCCGUAGUCACGUGACUGUCACGUGACGGUCACCUAGCAACCAUCCCAGAAAUCUCAGCCCCGAUCACUUCGGAUUGAAUCAGAAUACAGAAGCGAAAUCUGAAAAAUUCCUUUGCAUAGAAUACGUAUACGUUCAUGUAGAAUUCACCGUUAUAUACAAGAAUUUAUAUCAAGAAAUGUACAAACUCAAAGAAUAUACACGGGGUGUUACAAUGCGUACGGUAGAAGGCAAUCUACCAUCAGCGUAACAAUAAACACCAUUGUUGAAAACUGGUUCAUUGCAGAACAAAGUUGUAGAACUGAAAUACCGUGUAGGGGCUGAUAUUUGGGCAGCAGCAUAAUAAUAAAUACAGGACUUCAUUCUACAUCGUUGUUG